AUGGAAGCACAUUAGACCAACCGUUAUAUGUCUGACGCCCAAGCGAGUUAAUUUUUGUUGUUGUUCAUACGGUAGAAUUUACUUAACUAUCUAUCUACUAGAUACUAUUGGUCUAGUUAUGACAUUCUGAGUAUGCUAAUUGCCACAGCUUUGAAUCGUAACGGAGCAUGAAGGAAAAAAGUCAGAGUACGCGGAUCGCCGCAGAUUACUUGAAAACCUACAAUCUCUUUUUAAAAAUUUGCGUUUUCAAUCGAUUUUCAAAUUUUACAUUUCUGUUCCAGGGUCUCUCGUUUUUCGAUUUUUGUCAGGAACCUGAGUCCUACUUUUAAAGUAGGGUCACAAGCGAGCUAUUUUAGUUUGAUGUCAUGUAGCGUUCGAGUUUGGUUGUGCCUAAAUCAUACCGUCCAAAAGGACAGCCGAGAAGUACUAGGAACGAGUUUCCGAUUCGGGGCGACCUCGGAAAUUCUCGAAAACAUCCAAUAUGGCGGCUCAAGUGUGGUGAAAACUGACAGCUAAAGGAGCCGUUUUAUCGCCAGAGAAGCGUGAGUUACGGUAUUGUUGACGAAGUUUGCGUUUAUUGUGACUUUUGCAGAGUUCUUGGACCUGUAUAGUGAGCAAUCCUUUUAAUAAUGUCUUAUCAAUUUGUCUUGUCCCGCUGGCCGGUAUUACCGAAGAAAAUAGUACCGUCCAACGGAACAUUCUAAAUUAUAGCAACAUUUGUUGGCAUGUACAUCACCUCUAGCUUUCAUUGCUAAACUGUGUUGUAGAACUUGAUUUCUGUAGGUUACUAAAAGCUUAGGAUAACUUUUUAGGAAUAUUUUUAUUCAUAAAAGUGACCCUGUCCUUUUGGCCGGUAUUACCUAAGAAAAUAGUACUGUCCAGCAGGACAUCCUGAGUUUUAGCAACAUUUGUUAGGAGGAAUAUUAUAUCUGGGUUUUUUAUUGUUAAACGGUGAUUCUUAAGGUUUCUAAAAGGCCAGGGUAACUAAACAGGAAUGCUUGUUUUCAUAAAAAAUGCCUUGUCCUUUUGGCCUGUACUAUCCAAGGAAGUAGUACCGCCUAGCAGGACAUCCUAAACUAUGUCACCAGUUGGCUGCAUGUAUUACUACAUGACAUGCAGCUUGUUAUUGUUACAUUGUAAUACAUACUUUGCUCUCUAAAGGCUUUUUCCUACCAGCUGGCAACAGCUGAACAAAGAUAGUUUUAUUCAUUCCUUGUUGUUGUAAAUAACCUAAGAAUGUCCACCCAGGGGGACACUCUAUAGGGAGUACUCAGGUAUAACAGUGAUGGGGAAGUGCAAAACCCUUUUUCUGGUUUGGCAUUUGAAAUCCAAGGAUAACGGAACAGGAGUGAUUUUUAUUCUUGAAAAUUGUCCUCCUUUUGAAUGGUAUAAGCUAAGGGACUUGUCAGAAAUUAGCAUGGGGGGAGGGGGGUGGGAAUUUUAAAUUUGGGUUUGGAAAUGAGGUGACCCACCCCUGCAAUGGGAGUAAAAUUUGCUAACCCUCUCCUUGAGCUUGGCCUUAAAAUUAUAUCAUGACCCUGCCCCUCUUGUAUAAAUGAUAAAAUCUAUCUCUUGCAAUACACUAGGGUGAGUCAGUAUCAUGAAAACUCAAAAUAUAUUUCUAAUCUGUUCUUUGUAAUGCUAUAAACAUACAUAGAUGACAGCAUUAAGAGUCCGACUCUGAUUCUGACAGCUGAUCACUCGACUCCUAUUUCUCGCAGGUUUUUUUACCAAACAAAGAACUUCCUUUUUCUUCUGUGGGUGAACCUCUACAUGAUCACAGGCAUAUAUUUGCAUGACCCUUCCCCUUUUAACCGCCCAUUUUUCAUGAACCCUCCCUUUUCUGAGUCUCAAAAAGUUGUGACCCUCCCUCUGUUUCCACCCCCGCUCCCCCUGCUUAAUUUUUUAUCUCAGGUAAUUUUUGUUUUUCUUUUGUUUUGGGGUAUGGUAAUGUAUGCUAAUGACAUUGAAACAAAUGGAAAACAAAAAUUACCUGAGAUAAAAAAAUUAAUUUCCUCCUUAGAUUUCUUGUGUUACUCAAUUAGGAGCACUAUGAGUUUGGAGUUGCUUUCAACAAUAAUUGGUUGUACAUGUGUAAGUGUUCGGAUCCAGAAGGGGUGGAUUUUGAUAGCAUUUACUUCAUGUAAGACUUCACAUAAUUCCCUUAGGUGGCUGGGUCAAUUUGGGGGCAGGGUGGAUGAGGGGUGGUGGGGGUAGUGGGGCUGUUGACAGUGGGGGAGGGGGGAAGUAAAAAAUGGAGAGUCUCCACAAUCUACAACCAAGGUUGGCAUCUCUGCUUUCCUUGACAGGCAAUUUCCCAUGCUGCCAAGGUACCGGUAGGUAGGUUUUUGGGUAUGGUAAUGUAUGAUGAGUUUGAAACAAAAGAAAAUAAAAUUUAGACCAAAGAUAAAAUUGAACCACAAUUUCAGCAUGGAUAGCAGGUGAGGAAGGAGAAUAAAAAUAAUAAUAACUUUCUUACUUUCCAAAUUCUGGCUUUUCAAAGUAAUUACAAUACAGUGAAACCUGUAUUAAGCGGACACCCUCGGGGAAUGCUGUAGUGUCCACUUAAUACAGGGUGUCCGCCUAAUACAGGUUUCGAUAGAUAACGUCAUAUGAGGUGUCAAAUGACAUUGAAAUGAACAGUGGAAAUGCUUAGAAUACUCCCAGAGACUAUGACGAUAUACGUUUGCAUCAAUUUCUUUAUCAAAGGGGACUAAUUGAUGAUAGUACCAUAAACAUAGAUUGCAGCUCAAAUUUGAAGAACUCAGAUGAGUGAAACAAGCUCUAUACAAACAAAACGAAAUAGAAAACAACACUGUACUGUGAAACUAAUCAAAUAAGUUCGUCAAAUCACGUUUUUUCAAGUAAAAAUAUUAAAAUUUGUGGGUGGCAAUCUUUUGCAUUUCCGGUGUCUGGCAAGUUGGGUGGUGGAAUUGAAUUACAAGUGUCCGUUUAAUACAGGUUGGUAACAAUAAAAAUGACCAUUUCAGGUACUUUUUAGGUGUCCGCGUCCGCUUAAUAGAGGUGUCCGCUUAAUAAAGGUUUCAUUUAAAGUAAAUAAGGGAAAUAAAUUUGGGGACUUCGGCUACUGUCUGCUUAAUACGGUGUCCGCUUAAUACGGUGUCCGCUUAAUACAGGUUUCACUGUAUUCAAUAAAAUAUCUAAAACUAUAAAAUAAUAAGAAAUGAUUAAAAUCAUAAAAAAUUAUGUAUAUAACAAGAUUUAACAAGGCAAUAUAUUUACAACAAAGCUUCUAAAAUUCUCUUUAUAAAUGACACAUAAGUUCCUUUUUGAAUUGAUACAAGGUUUGUUAGCUUUCGGGUAAGGAAUUCCACAGUGAAAUUGCUCGAUAGUGGAAGGUUCUUUGGCCUGUGGCCUUUCUGUACCCUGGAAUGUCUAUCUCAUUCUUGUUCUGUGUGUCUUAAUUGGAUUUCAGACCUCUUUUUGAACUUGUUAGCAGGAUAGUCAGGGGCCAAUCUCCUUAAACACUUAAAAACCAGUAUGCAAUCCCUGUAGAUAAGCAUGGAUUCGAAGGACAACCAUUUCAGUUCUGUAAGAACAGGGGUAAUGUGAUCAAAUUUCUGAAAAGGGGUUAUAAUCCUAGCUGUGAAGUUUUGGACAUUCUGUAAUUUGUUGAUAUUCUUCUUUGUCGUACUAGACCAGAUGGACAAACAAGUUUGCUAAAGACCAGUGCAUUGAUAAUGUUUAAUAGGGUGUUUCUGUCCAAAAGAUGUUUUACCCUAUUAAUCUGACUUAAACUUGACGAGCAAGAAGAUGUAAUACUUGUGAUAUGUUCAUCAAAACUAAUUGUAGCGUCCAUAUGCACUCCAAGGUCCUUCACUGAAACAACCAGACACAACCCUUUCCCCAGUAAAGUAACAUGUAAAUCCAGAUCUGCGGGCAUAUUUUGAAGCAUUUGACAGGUGCCAAUUAAAAGCAAUUUCAUCUUAUCCGGGUUAAUCUGAAAGCUGUUUUGGCAGCACCAUGCAGCAACUUUUCUCUGGUCUUUGGUUAUAUCUUUAUAUCUUUAGAAUAGUUGUUGUCACAAAAAUGAUCAAACAAUAAAUAGAUAAGGGAUAUUUUCAUGGACUUUUUAAAAAUAAUUUUAAACAGUUUUUAAGAAAAUUUAAAAAGAAUUUUAAAAAUGAUAAAAUUAUACUGCUGUCAGAAUCUGUUACAACUACAGGGUAUGAUUUGUUUUGAUAGUGCCAGCUAGAGAGGACAGCCAACUGUACCAACCUUUUUUUGCUGAGUUAUUAUUACUGACUAGUCAAACAAUACACAAAAAAUGAGGACAGGAAAUAACAAUGAUUCUAUAAUAAUAAAUAAUAAUAAUAACAACAAUAACAAUAAUAUUUAUGUGAAAGUUUUGAACCCAGGAGUCAUUUCAAAAGUAGGUUGAGUUUGAUAGUCCGGGUGAACAUAGUCCUGAAUGGGACUGUUGUUGUUGACAAUGACUGACGUUUUGAAAACCUGUGCAGUAGUCAUCUUCAGAGUCAAAGAGAGUUGUAUCACGUCAGUUGAUGGUAUUAUACUCUGGUUAUUGAUCUGAUUGGUCAAUUACAUCGGUAUGUUAUUGGUCGUCUGUCAGUUAAGCCGUGAUUUUAUUGGCUAUGAAGACUCAAUCAACUGACGUGAUACAACUCACUUUGACUCUGAAGAUGACUACUGCACAGGUUGUCAAAACGUCAGUCACUGUCAACAACAACAGUCCUAUUCAGGACUACAUUCACCCGGACCAUCGAACUCGACCUACUUUUGAAAUAAUAUUUAUGAUAAUAAUAGAUCUAACUGGCCUUUCCUGGAUGUAGUAAGGAUAGAGGUAUAAAAUAAAUGAAAGGAUAUCAUUUACAUGAUGGAUUGCUGAUAUGAUCAAUCAGGAAUUUUUCAAAGAACUUGAGAAUCUCAAACAUUGCAAAGUAUACUGUAAAAUCAUGCUUUCCUGGCGAUUAAACAGCUCCUUUGGCUGUCAGUUUUCAGUACUCCCUAUUGAGUGUCCCCCUGAGUGGACAUUCUUAGGUGAUUAUAACAACAAGGAAUGAAUAAAACUAUCUUUGUUCCAGUGUCCCCAGCUGGUAGGAAAAAGCCCUCAGAGAGCAAGGUAUGUAUUAAAAUGUAACAAUAGCUUAGCACGAAUCUCCAUACUCCAAACUGACAUGUUCCUCUCACAAGACAUUCUGAGACAUUUCCCUUUUCCUACAUGGAAUUUCUUCUGGAGAAAUGUUCCUGAAAGUCUUAGUCUUUUCAAUUUUUAAGAAAAAAAAUUCAGAAGGGUGUAAGUAGGAAUUGAACACAAAGCGUAUAAUCUGCAGCCCAUCACCUAUACCACUAUGCCACUGGGAUUUGCUGACGAUUAAUGGUUUGAUUUGAACAUAUAUAACAUCAACUUGAACCCCAAAUAGAAGCUAACCCUUUAUCAAGUCAGUGCUUAACCCUAAUCACUAUUUUCAGGGCUUAACCCUAAUCAGUAUUGAUAGUCAAAGCAGCUCUUUCCCUUUAGAGAAUUGCUUUGUGUAUGAAUCAUAAUGUGUCAACAUCAUUUUGAAGUAUGGAGAUGAGUAUUAACCGUAACAAUAACAAGCUGCAUGUCAUGUAGUAAUACAUGCACCCAACUGCUGACAUAGUUUAGGAUGUCCUGCUAGGUGGUACUACUUCCUUGGAUAAUACAGGCCAAAAGGACAAGGCAUUUUUUUGAAAACAAGCAUUCCUGUUUAGUUACCCUGGCCUUUUAGAAACCUAGAGAAUCACCGUUUAACAAUAAAAAAACCCAGAUGUGAUAUUCCUCCUAACAAAUGUUGCUAAAACUCAGGAUGUCCUGCUGGACAGUACUAUUUUCUUCGGUAAUACCGGCCAAAAGGACAGGGCCACUUUUAUGAAUAAAAAUAUUCCUAUACAGUUAUGCUAAGCUUUUAGAAACCUACAGAAAUCAAGUUCUACAACACAGUUUAACAAUGAAAGCUAAAGGUGAUGUGCACGUCAACAAAUGUUGCUAAAACUCAGGAUGUCCCGUUGGACGGUACUAUUUUCUUAGGUAAUACCGGCCAGAAGGACAGGGCCACUUUUAUGAAUAAAAAUAUUCCUAAAGAGUUAUCCUAAGCUUUUAGAAACCUACAGAAAUCAAGUUCUACAACACAGUUUAGCAAUGAAAGCUAGAGGUGAUGUACAUGCCAACAAAUGUUGCUAUAAUUUAGAAUGUCCCGUUGGACGGUACUAUUUUCUUCGGUAAUACCGGCCAGCAGGACAAGACAAAUUGAUAAGACAUUAUUAAAAGGAUUGCUUACUAUACAGGUCCAAGAACUCUGCAAAAGUCACAAUAAACGCAAACGUCGUCAACAAUACCGUAAAUCACGCUUCUCUGGCGAUAAAACGGCUCCUUUGGCUGUCAGUUUUCACCACACUUGAGCCGCCAUAUUGGAUGUUUUCGAGAAUUUCCGAAGUCGGCCCGAAUCGGAAACUCGUUCCUAGUACUUCUCGGCUGUCCUUUUGGACGGUAUGAUUUAGGCACAACCGUUCGAGUUGCCGUGACUGAUAUAACGUUCUGUAUUUUGUACCCUCAGCUUCUUAAUGGACCCUAAACAGUGCAGUGUAAUAGAUCGACAUUAUCUAAGACUGGAGCAAUGUCUUGAGCCAUCCAAACUAUUACGCUACCUUAAAACCGUUGGUGUUCUUGACGAUGACGAUGUAGAGACGAUUCGAGAAAAGAACAAGUCAAGAGAAGCACAAGUGGCGAUAUUUGUAGAUAUUAUAAAGAGAAGAGAAAACGGAUUUAGGCGGUUACUACAAGCUUUGCUGAAGUCCAAAGUGCAGGCUUUCUUGGCACGAGAGUUGCUUCAAGAUGAUGUCUACGACGAAGAAGGUUUGAUGGCCAUUUUUAUCCUAUUGAUUUGCCUUGAAUUGCGCCAGGAUUUCGUAAUCGAUGAAAACUGUUUAUAACAUUUCCAAGGUGUUAAGGUUUUUUUACGCUUUCAUCAUAUGGCCACUUCACGUCAGUGUCGUGACUUGCAACUAAAACUUUCUCUUCGAAAGCAACUCCGACGUAUUUAUUGCAUAGUUAUUCAUCGACUUUCCCUUCUAUUCCUUUUUUUGGUGAAUACGGUGUCUUGAAACUUACAUUCCAAAAUAUUUAAUUUAAAUUAAGUUCAACAUCGCGAAGAAACUUAUUCAUAAGUGUCAGUUUUUGUGUUAUUUCUGACGUUAGAGAACUCAACCGGAAAUCAAAACGUGAAAUAAACAACCAUCAGAAACCAAGGUCGCCGGAAAUUAGAAACCUAAUAUUUUUCUAAAAUGGGUUUUAAUAUAAAGUCAGUAGUAUCUCAUCUAAAGGUAUAAACAGCUUUAUUUCUCAGCACUUAAAAAUAUGGCUAUUUCUCCAUUUAAGAAGCAAUACUGACAAAUAAUUUUAUGCAGUGCUAUAUUUCUCAAUUACGUCUUUUGCUUUCAGAACACGCAAUCGAGAUUCUGUUUCCAUUUCCGGCACAAAACCACAUCCUUCGCAAAAUCUACAAUGCGAGAGAGAGACCUCUAUUUAUUUCCUGCAAGACCAACUGUAACCAUGUUUGUACAUUAGAUCAGUCAGACUAUGGCCCAUUUUAUUAUCACUCAUAAGUCCCAUUUUUUUUCAUCAUACUACAGAUUGAGAGAGACGUCAGAGGGUGUUUUUUUAGUUGACUUCAAGUGGCUUUUUCACUGUCUUCCACAGUAUUAUGUUGGUGACGUAAAAGAAGAGCAAUUCGUUUUAAAUUUUAACCAACACUUAUGCCACGUACGCCAUGCUCAAAAAUUAUUUUUAUGCCCAGUAGAAAGACAGAUCGGUCUAUAUUACAAUUUUAACCUCGCGUAGAUAAAUCCGUGAGUGAAGUCUUAAUAUAUUGUCAUCCAAAAGAUCACCCGAAUAAACCAAGUUCUUUUGAGAUAAUCCUUAGAGUGGACGUCUAUAUAUUUUUAAGGUGGUUACUUUUCCUUUUGAUAAUGGAAGGCACCAUAUGCAUAUAUUUUUCCCUAGGAAAUCUAUCAAGAACAUUUAUAUAAGACCAAAAUUUUCGUCGAAGAAUUGAAAUAUUUUCUCUCUUGCAAGACACCCGCUGUGUUCCCAUAGGCAGUCCAAGCGUAUCAUUGAAGGGACUCGAAAUAAAAUUUUUGGAAAGUCAUUUCCAGUAGUCUGUUGUCCAGCCAUAUAAAAUCGCCUUUUAAGUUUCCUACAGCAAUGUUGGACAUCUAUGGCUCAAAUUUUAAAAGCUCACGUAUACAUCGCAUGUAUUGGGAUUUAUAACAAGUCAAAAGUCAGUAAAGGAAUCAUGGUCAUUCAAAAUACUACCGCCGGUACAAGACCCCCUUGCCUUAAUUCAAUAGUUGCCUUGUAUCUUCCAGCCGAUUUUAGCUUCAUUUUCUUUUCUUCGAGUACUGUUCACCGCACAAAUUUGUGUACAGUAGUCUAAGGAACCACUCGUAUCUAAGGUUCAGCAACGCAGAAAUAACCCUGCAUAUUGUUGCUAUUUGCAGAAAUUAGCACCAUGUUAUCAGAGCUAGAGAACGACCUUGACGAAACGCAGUCCUUGAAAUUGAGGCUCAUUGAAGAAGAGAAACGCCACAGGUAUACUAAGAAGGAACUGGAAGAAAUCAGGCGAAGUUCUAUAGUGUUCAGCGACUCCAGCAGCUCGGGACUUUUUCCCGAUUAUGACUCGAAUCCAAGUGAUGAAAGCGAGGCUGAGGUAGAGAAGGAACAACCGCAAGGAAGUCAUGAGAGUUUUGCGCUAAUGCUCACAGAUAAUGAAGACUUCGAAUGGGAACAUGAGGAUGGUUGGCGGAACUUUGGAAGCGCUGAUGGCCUGGAUACUUUGUGUCGUAGAAAGAUUCAAAAUGGGUUAUUUGAUGAGCCCCUAAGGAAGAGUUCUUCCCUCGGAAGACUGAAUGGAAAACAGCAAAGGUCUAGAUUGGCGAAGCGGAGCAAUAAAAAAUGCCUACAACAAAGGAAGAAUUCUCAUGACUCACCAGACAAAGGAAAAAGGGACGAAAAAGAGAGAAAAUCACUUGAAGAGAAGUUGGCUGUUCUACAGAAGCAGCUUCAAGAUGAAAAGAGAAGACGCGACAUUUCCGAGCGUGAAGUUGCUAAACUUCAGAUAGAGAAAGAAGACCUGUGUAUAGAACUAGAGGAUACACGAGAGCAAUUGAGGGAAAGUCAAUUAAAUUUGUUCUUUGAAGACGAUAAUGAGGAGCCGGAACUUUGCUUUGACCAAAGCGCCGACGAAAAUGAGUCUUUAGGAUUUUAUGGCGCUGAGACGAAAGAUGGCACCGUAUUAAUUGAUAGGAGAAGACAAUGUUCACCGAGUGAUAAUGCAACGACCUCGACAUAUCGAAGCUCACCCUGCUUGGACAAGCUUCAGGUCCAAACCGAGCACUUGAGUAGAGGACGGCUGACCGCAAGCUGGAAAAGUCUGAAUGCUCAUUACUAUGAGCUCGACGAAUAUGACGACGAAAUUAACGUUGAACUGGACGCUAGUAACGUCCUAGACACUCUGCGCAGACUGAAAAUCCAUACCAACGCUUUGUACAAUGAUGUAUUGAACGAAAGAGAUGAACUACGGUACCUGAAAGGAAUUGCUUCUAGAAUGCAAUCGAGAUGAAUCAAAUGUAACAUGAAAGUCAAACCUCGUUACCAGGUUUCCUCGCGCAUUUUAAUGUUUAAAAGACCGUUAAUUAAGCCCUAUCCUAUAAAAACAUCGCUGGGAAACGGGCGCAUAAAAUCGCUCGUUUUUGUCUGCAUUGUCGAUUGUAUGAAGAACCAUUUUUUACAAACCUCCAAUUGGAAAAAAUCUGCAUUCUGGUUGUAAAUCAAGUUGAGAUUUAUUGCUCGGAAUAACCUGCCCAAAAGGAAAUUAAACGUUGGUAAUAGGUGGGAAUAACCUUUGGCUAGCGGGACCCAAUAAAGUGGACAAGUCUCUCUCCUCAGUUGUUGCUGCGGAGCGACCGAAGGGAGCGAGCAGCAACAUAAUCAGGAUUUAAAGGAAAUAUAUAAGGGACGACGAAUUCUCGAAUUCAUCACUUUUUACCACAAUGCAUUGUAUUUAACCACACUUUUAACCACAAUGCAUUGCACUUAACCAGAGUGCAUUGCGCCACGAACAACUCAAAUAAAAACACCAAGUUCGGUGGGUGAGAGAGUGCAUCGUUCGCUGCUCAGACUUAGAGUUUUCCUUGUGGCAAAUUUUCUACAGAACGGUUAGAGGUCUUACCAGAUUUUAAGACACGCAGGAGUCUUUCAGAUGAGUACGAUGGUUAACUUGGGGAUUGGAUUUCAAUUCAAGAGCCUUUGACUCGUCCAGGUGUUAAACCUGACGAGAAGAUGAGCAUUUGCUCUUCGACUCCGCAACAUGGGGAUAUACAAAUUUCAGCUUGCUAGAAGGUGAUGUGAAAGUGAGAAAAUGUCAUGCAGUGCUAUUCUUAAGAAACUGUAUGAGCCGAGAAUGGAUGUGAUUUUGACCAUUCGCUUCAAAAUAACAGCGGAAAUCGAGAUAACAAAAAAUAUGUUUUGUGUCCUACUUUGCAGACGAGGACGUGUAUCGGCGUUUUGAAAAGCAUAAUUAUGUUCUUUCAUUCAUUCAUUGCCAUGGAAUAUGCGUUUACAUUGUUUUUUCACUGUUAAUAGCUCGGUUAAUGCGGCUGGCGAUCAUCUUGACGGCGGAAGUUUCAUGGAAAAGGAAUAAAUCAAGACUUUUCUCAACAUUUGCGUAAUCAGCCUCUGUGGUGUAGUGGUUAGGUGUAGUCGCGUCGAGCCGAAUGUGCAGGGUUCGAGUCCUACCGAAUUCUAUUUUCCUUCUUUCUUUUUUUUUCCGUUUUUUGUUUCGUUGUUUUCUAUAAAUAUAUAGCUAAAUAACUGUUACUUAAUAAAGUGGAACAAACAGCAACAAAAGUAUUGUGUUUCCAGAGAAAAUAUCGUGCACCGUAUAUUAAAUAUAUGGAUAAACAAUCUGAAUUUCUAUUAUUUCCCACAAUUUACUGUGGGAAAACCAGAGUUAUAACCACUUGAUCAUUUUCUAAACAACGUUCCCACGAUUUCUUUCUAUAGACUGAUAGUAAUUAUUCUAGUACUUUCCAACAUGUAAAUAGGACAUUCAAUAUCAUUUUCGAUUAAGUCUCACUGCCUAGCUAAUGCCAGUAUCAACAGAAUGUGCCGCAGCAUUACUAUCUUUUAGAUACCCUAGUUUAUUCAAUAGACCGUUUCCGAGUUCCAAAAACUCUCACUUUCAAAAGGACACUAAGUGCAAAACUUUUUUUAUGAAAAAAAUUUUCUAUAUCAAUAGCUUCUCACUUAGCCUCUCUUUGAAAUAGAGGCUAAGGGUAACAUGGAAAUGGCGUAUUGGUUCCUUAAUACAAAUCCCGGUUGUCGAAGUGAGUAUAUUCAAAUCAAAAUCUAAAAGGAUAAGAGCGCGGGUUCUAGAUAGUAGACUAGUCCAUUUUGUUUUGUUUACUGAUAGCUUUGUCAUUUCUAUUAAGUAAUUGGGCUUUUUAUUGUAAAUAGCUAUGUCACGUAAUUUUAGGCUUCAUACUGUAAAUAAGGUUUUGGAUUUCCCUUUCUUUCUCUAUUAUUUUAUUUAUUUGUUUUGUUUUUUUUUCCUCGGCUUAUUAGCAUAUUUUUUGCUAGAGGUCUAACCAACCUCAUCAAACCAGAGAUUUAAUAACGCUUCAUUCAUUCAUUCAUUUAUGAGGUUGUCCAAGAAACUAUCGAAAUCUUUAUCACGAACACAAACAUCAACAACUUUUUGGGCUGCUUAAUUGUCGGGAGUUUCGAGAAACCGCCCCCAAGGACCAGGCUUCCAAACUAAGUCAGUAAAAGCCCAGAAGGUGGCACUGCAAUUGUACUAGACAGUCCACUUUCUCUUAGACGGAUACCACUGGGAACAACAUUAAGUGUUGGUCACAGAUAGGUGUCUGCUUUAUAUUCUUUUAUAUGUAUGAUAAUUAGCCUUUCUGAUCUCAUUUGGAAGUAAGAGUUCUUUUGUAUUUUGCACAUGCUAACAAGGUCAGAAGGCUAAUUAUCAUACAUAUAAAAGAAUAUAUUCAUGGCCGCCAUUAUGAAAGAGGUCUAUAGAGGGCCAAAAAAUAACAGACUAGUAGAAUGGAGAAACUGGGCGUUGGCUUCAGGGGGUGUCCGUCUUAUAGAGGUGGCAGAUGUGAUCAUAUACUGAGAUGAACACUGAUCACUGUGAUCACCCUAAAUAGCUAUAUGUGCUAUCACAUUGCAGAAUAUGAAGAAUUGAAAAGAUCAAUGAGGUUUUCAUAUAAUAUUCCAGGAUGGUUAUCAUGUACAAUAUUUAUAAUAAGGAUGGAUCAAAAGGGAAAAAUUGAGUAUUGAUAAAUUAUGCUUUCCUAAUGGUAUUUAUGUUGGAUAUUGUGGAAUUUAAUUGCUUUUAUUUAAUAAAAAUUUGUGAA